AAUAUGAAAAAAACUCCACUUCAUAACUUUUAUGGACAACAUUUCUAGGCAGAGCCAAAUCAUUGAGGGGGUCUAGUUUGGGGCAUUAGGAUCUCAUCUCUGCUAUGUGCUGCUGAGGUGGUCCUGCUAAAUGAGGUAAAAUACAAAUGUAUAAGUCUUCCAGAAGACCCAUUCAAGAUGUUGUAAUGAUAUGUAGUAUUCUACACUGGCCACUAAUGUUACACUGAUGACACAAUAGCCAUUUAAUAAACCCUAAAUGGCUAUUGUGUCAUCAGUGUAACAUUACUGUCUUAUUUGUCAUUAUGUUGGGUCAAAGGAGUGCAAAGGGGCCUCUAGGGUUGUUAUUUCAUGCCUAGGGUGCCCUAAUACUGUUAAAACGCUUAUUUACUGUAGAAGGUUGUAAACAGUCGAGGCAGACGGCCACCCCAUGCAGUGUCUAGGUUCUGUUGGAGGUUUGUUGAAUGUCAAGGGCGUGUAUAUCUGGUAUCUACGCGCUAAAUGAAAUCUCUCACCUUUGGUCCUGCCCUCCAUUGUUUCCAUGCACACCUGAGCUGCUAAAACGACCAGCUUUGUUUGGAAGUUCAUUUGACAAUGGGCUAUGUUGUGUUCCUGCUCGGGUGUCUGGCUCCCACUGUGUGGUGCUACACUUCUGGCCAAGUGGCAGCCAGCUGUGAAAGCCUGCAGCCCCAGCACUCUGGAUUGCACCCACAAGCUCACCCAGCACCCUUCAGAAUCACCACACACCGUAGAAAGCACAAGUUCAGAGAGGAGGUCACUGUGGACCUCCAGGCUCCAGGUUCCAAAGCCUUCAUGGGCUUCCUGUUGCAAGCGCAAGUGUUGGGAGAGUCUGAUCCUGUCGGUUCCUUCAGGCUGACAACAAACGAUGCUCAGCUCCUCAACUGCAGCCACAAACCUAACUCUGCUGUAUCCCAUACUUCACAAUCUCCAAAGACCUCCAUUCAAGUGAUAUGGACAUCAGGAUCUUCUGGAAAUGCAAAACCAAUUGAGUUCCAUGCUUCUUUUGUACAGAAUUACGGGACCUUCUGGGUUGAUGUUAUCAGUGCAACGCUGAAUUUGGGUGACUGGUCUAACUUUUCCACCACAGCAGCAGAAAGGAGGCCAACAUUAAUACAUCAAUCUUCACCGCCAAGUAGUAUUUCGGGUGAGGAUUGUGGCGUCACCAAGGUGUGUUUCCGUCAGCCUUCAAGGUGUGACCCUGAGGUCAGCGCCAACUGUUACUUCAUGUCCGCCACCAAGCUGUCUGGCAGCGACACGGCUGUCCGAUAUGAGAUGACAGGAACCUCUGAUGGAUACAUCUCCUUUGGCUUCUCAGAUGAUCAGACGAUGGGAAAUGAUGACAUAUACGUGUGUGGCAAAGCCAGCGAUGACCGGCUGCGAGUGCAACACGUCUUCUCAACAGGACGGGAACGUCCACUAAUUCUUCCUCUGGGAAAUAUAUCCGAUUUAAGAGUGUCCAUGCAGGACGGCGUGAUCAGCUGCUCCUUCAUCUCCUUCAACCUCGUUUCCACACAGAGGAACACCGCCCUCAACGCAUCCUACUAUCUCCUGUUUGCCUACGGAUCCAGCAGCAACGGACAAAUCCAGUUGCACACAAACACAUUCACCAGCGCCAACAAGGUCCAUAUUUCCACACCUCAGAUCGCCACAACAGCUGGAUGGCCUCACAUCAUCAAAGCUCACGGAGCACUGAUGCUGAUAGCCUGGAUGAGCUCAGGAUCGCUAGGAAUGGUGGUAGCCAGGUACCUGAAGGGCGUGGCCAAGGGACAUCAAGUGUUGGGCAAAGAUAUCUGGUUUCUGGUGCACGUUGCAGUGAUGGCUGUUACACUCGCAGCUACAGCGAGCGCCUUCAUUCUUGCCUUCAUACACGCCAAGACCUGGUCUGGGGGGGCCCAUCCUGUGCUCGGCUGCCUGCUGAUGACUUUAUGUUUUCUUCAGCUCACGCUGGCUUUGCUGCGCUGUGGACCACAACAUCCUCUGAGAUUUCUAUUCAACUGCUGUCAUGCUUUGAUUGCGGUGGUAAUGAAAGUUGUGGCAGUUGCAGCCGUAUUCACUGGCCUCAAGUUGAUUGACAGCACUGCAGACCAAUGGCUGCUGAAGGUGAUGGGCGCUCUUGUCAGCUGGGAGUUUUUGUUUUACGUCUUGUUGGACAUCAACCUGAGAUGCAAACUUAACAGAUCAGGUAAAUAUACACACAGAGUGAGUAUAUACAGUAUGUACAGUAUAAAUACACAUAAAUAUAUCACUUCAUUCCUCAUUUACAGUUCUUUCACAUUGUUUUCUGCAUGUAAAACCGUGCAUGUCCAACCAUAAAAUGUGAUUUGUCUUCAUAUUUUUGUGUGUUGGGAACAGAUUGAUUGGAUUUACAUGAUUUCCAGUGGGGAAAAUUGAUUGGCUUUUAGUCAUUUUCCAUUUUUGUUUGACCUUUUGGAAUGGUUUCAUGAGGAAAACGAGGUUCCACUCUAUAUAAAUAUACAGUACACUGACUGCUUUUACGUGCUUUACCAUCAAGCAUAGUGUAUAGUGCCAGGCUAAUAUGAUGCAAUCAUGGAGUUCAUUCACGUUUACGUUUACAUUUACAUUUAUUUCAGAGUACACUAAUAAAUCCCAAUAAUAAAGGGAAUCACUCUCAGAUAUCCAUAGUCAAAUCUGUAUUGAUUACAUUUGUUAAGAAUAAGAAGGAUUUACGGAAGCAUGCAUGAGGUAGUGGUCAGCCGUGAGGAGAAGUUUGAUUGUGAAUGGAACGGUUCCUGGGGGGGUCUGAUUGUUUUUAUUGUUCUUUGUCUUUGGAUUUCAGAUGCUGCAAUGGUAAGAAUGUAACAUGAUGAUAUCCUAUAUAAAUAAUGUCAACUUGAAUGUAGAAUGUCACCACAGAUGAAAGCUGAUGUUCUGCUGGUAGUGCUGUUCUUCACUGGAGGAGUCGUCUUUGUGCUAGCACUCUUAUGUGGAAUCGGGAUGUCAUAGACACAUUCAUACACCACAAAAUGUCCUACCUUUUGGUCAACUUUGGCAACUUUUGGUAAAAAAAAAACAAGAAAAAAAAAAGACCUUCCUAUAGCAUU